AUGGCUUCCAAAUUCUUCCCCGCCCUCCCACGGGCCACCCGCCAAUUGACUCGCCAUGUCCCCAAGCCCCAAUUCAGACCCUUUUCCGCCGGUCCGCAACGGUUCAGCGAUACUCUCCACGUGCACCGCAACACCCCCCAAAACAACCCCUCGAUCCCCUUCAAGUUCUCCGAACAGAACAACCAGCUCAUCGAAGAGAUUAUCGCCCGCUACCCGCCGCAAUACAAAAAGGCCGCCGUCAUGCCCCUGCUGGACCUGGGCCAGCGCCAACACGGCUUCACCAGCAUCAGUGUCAUGAACGAGGUCGCCCGCCUGCUCGAGAUGCCCCCGAUGCGCGUCUACGAGGUUGCUACUUUUUACACAAUGUAUAACCGCGACCCUGUUGGGAAGUUCUUUGUUCAGCUUUGCACGACGACACCCUGCCAACUCGGCGGCUGCGGCAGCGACAAGAUCGUCCAAGCCAUCACAGAACACCUCGGCAUCACCCCGGGCCACACAACCGAAGACGGCCUGUUCACAUUCAUCGAAGUCGAGUGCCUAGGCGCCUGCGUCAACGCGCCCAUGGUCCAGAUCAACGACGACUACUACGAGGAUCUCACCCCGGAGUCCAUCAAGACCCUUCUCACCGCGCUCAAGGAGUCCGUGACCGCUACCUCUGGCCCAGUCAAGAUCCCUGCCCCCGGGCCACUCAGCGGAAGAGAUACGUGCGAGAACAGCGCUGGUCUUACCAGUCUGAAGAACCCCGUUUGGGAUCCCGCGACGAUGAUGAGGAAGGAUGGGGCGUUGGAUGGCGAGGCGGCGCAGGCUGCGCAAUAG